AUGUCCAUCACGCAAGAGCAGGCGGCACUAGUGCGCCAAUACCUAGAGACCAAGACAGUCGGAACCAUCAACAUAUACCUGGUGGGAAAAGAGGAUGUAGGCAAGCGCAGCCUAUCGAAGCGGUUAUGUUGGGAUUGUUACGUAGCCAAAUAUUACCACACGGACGACUUCCUCUGCGAGAAGUAUAUCAUGAUCCAGGGCCACCAGGUCAAGGUCAGCCUCAAAGUAAAGACGGUUGAUGCCGAAGGCCACCCUCCCCUAAAUUGGCAAGCAUGCGCACGUUACCUUGGCGAGUGUCACGCCUGCUUGCUGGUGUACGAAGUCAUCAGAAGGGAGACCUUCGAAAGGCUCGACUCGCUUUACGACCAGAUCGUGGCCGAGGAAGGCACAUCUAGGAUACCCUUCUUUGUGGUGGCGCAGAGAACGGACCGAUCGAGGCGAUAUUGGAACGUAACAUUGUUGGAGGCGGACCAGUUCAGUGAAGAUAUCGGUGCCGUGUUUCUAUCUUUGUCGGCCAAGACGGGAGAAGGGGCUGGAGAGGACGUGCUGAUCGAUAUAGCUAGUCGUGCGAUUCUCAGUAGGGUCCAGCCACCGCCAAGGCCUCGAAAUCCGAAGCUAGAUAUACCGGAUUUACGACCUCGGCAGACCACCCGGCAGACCACCCGGCAGCGCGUUGUGCGCACAAUGUCUAAGCUGAAGCGUUUGAUUCUCCGGAGAAGUAGCCGAUCCUCAAACCCCAGAGUUAGGUAG